AUGCUGAGAAGAGCAGUGAAUUUCGUGGCUAUUAGUCGUAGUUUUCAGGUUCGCUUAAAGCAACAUCGGAUUUGGCGCUUGCAAGGUCUCAGAUAUUUCAGUCACCAGCCAGAAAUAAUGUCUGCUACCUCUAUCACAUCGCAGCUACAGAAGCUGUCUAUCCAGGAGCCUCCAGCUUUGGAAGGCUCGUUCCCAAACGUCAACGUGGUGGACCUUAUGAGAAACUUCAUCAGCGUGGAGCUGUCUAAGAUCUCGGGUGUCGACACACAACUGAUCUACCCAGCUUUGGAGUGGACCAACACGCUGGAGAGAGGCGACCUCUUGAUUCCAGUUCCUAGAUUGCGCAUAAAGGGCUCUAACCCAAAGGAUCUCGCUACAGAAUGGGCCGAGAAGUUCCCUCUGGGCAACUUCCUGACCAAGGUCGAGGCUAACGGACCUUUUGUCCAGUUCUUCUUCAAGCCCGACUUUCUGUUCAAGGUCGUCCUUCCUGACAUUUUGACCAGAAAGGAGGAGUACGGUUCGGCUCCUCUGGUGCAGAAUAAGAAGGUGGUCAUCGAGUUCUCCUCCCCCAACAUUGCUAAGCCUUUCCACGCCGGCCACUUGAGAUCUACUAUUAUCGGUGGUUUCUUGUCCAAUUUGUACGAGAAGAUGGGCUGGGAUGUUGUUAGAUUGAACUACCUGGGUGACUGGGGCAAACAGUUUGGUGUUCUUGCCGUUGGUUUCGAAAGAUACGGUGACGAGGAGGCCCUAAGCAAAGACCCCAUCAAGCACCUGUACGACGUGUAUGUCCGCGUCAACCAGGACAUCACUGCCGAAGGCGACAGCUUGCCAGAGGACAAGUCCACUGACGGUCAAGCUCGCGCCUACUUCAAGAAGAUGGAGGACGGUGACGAAAAUGCCCUCAAGAUCUGGAAGCGCUUCCGUGAGCUCUCCAUCGAAAAGUAUAUCGACACUUACGCUCGUUUGAACAUCAAAUACGACUCCUAUUCCGGUGAGUCUCAGGCCUCCAGAGAGUCCAUGCAGCUGGCGCUCGACAUGUUCAGGGAGAAGGGUCUGACUCACGAGGACAGAGGUGCAUUGUUGAUCGACCUGACCAAGUUCAACAAGAAGCUGGGCAAGACCAUCGUCCAGAAGUCAGACGGUACAACCCUAUACAUGACUAGAGAUGUUGGUACCGCAAUGGACCGUCACAAGAAGUACAACUUUGACAAAAUGAUUUACGUCAUCGCAUGUCAGCAAGAUCUGUACACUGCUCAGUUGUUUGAAGUUCUCAAGCAGUUAGGAUUCGGGUGGGCCAAGGACUUGCAGCACGUCAACUUCGGUAUGGUUCAGGGUAUGUCCACCAGAAAGGGUACUGUGGUUUUCUUGGACAACAUCUUGGAGGAAACUAAGGAGAAGAUGCAUGAAGUUAUGAAGACCAACAAGGCUAAGUACGCACAAAUCGAGAACCCAGAUGAGGUUGCCGACUUGGUCGGUAUUUCUGCGGUCAUGAUCCAGGACAUGCAAGCUAAGCGUAUCAACAACUACGAGUUCAAGUGGGAGAGAAUGACCUCCUUUGAGGGUGACACCGGUCCAUACUUACAGUACGCCCACUCUAGAUUAAGAUCCGUCGAGAGAAACGCCUCGGAAAUCACACAAGAAAAGAUGGUUAACGCCGACUUCUCUCUGCUUCACGAGCCUGCUGCCGUUCUCCUGGUGCGUUUGCUCGCCCAGUACCCUGAUGUGUUGAGAAACGCCAUCAAGACCCACGAGCCUGCUACCGUGGUUACUUACCUGUUCAAGCUCACUCACCAAGUCUCAUCGUGUUACGACGUCUUGUGGGUCGCGGGUCAAACUCCAGAGCUGGCUGCUGCCCGUCUGGCCCUAUACGCAUCUGCCAGACAGGUACUAUACAAUGGUAUGACUCUGCUGGGCCUCACUCCUGUUGACAGAAUGUAA